CUACUGUGGGAGAGAACAAACCAGCUUCUAACUAGAGAGGAAAUUAGGAAAAGAUGAUGGAAAUGGAUAGGACAUACAGUGAGGACAUCAUCAAGCCGCACCACGAAGCAAGCCCUAACUUGCAAUCCUGAAGGGAAGCAGAAAAGAUGAAGGCCGAAGAACACAUUAUGUCGGGAAAUAGAAGCACAUAUGAAAAGGAUGAAUAACAACUGGAAAGAGCUGGACAGGAUUUCUCAGAACAGUGUUGGAUGGAGAAUACUAGUAGACCAUACCAUGUAUCAUAUAAACCAGAUGAAACUAUAAUUAAACCAUGUCGAUCAGGUACAGCACAUUGUAUGUUUGGUGACUGUACAAAAAUCUGGCUUAGAAAAAAUAAACAUGUAGAUAUUAUUAUUGAAUGUCAAUGUUGGCCUGGUUAUUCUGGUGAUUGGUGUAAUAUCUAUCCACCUGAACAUAAACAUUGGGAUGGUUUACUGCGUACAGAAGAUAAAGAUGAAAUUACUCCAAUUAUAAAUGCUAAACAUACUACACCUUAUACUACUUUGGAUAUAUGGCAUGAACAAAGUCUUCAAUAUGCUGGAUAUUUAGUGAAUAAACAUCGUGAAUCAAUUGAAGAUAGAUUAAAGAAUAAAUUUCUUGUAUUUCAUAAUAGUUUGUCAAAUAAUCUUGAAAACAAUAAUGUACCAAGUGAUCAAUAAAGUUUCACAUGUUUACUUACAAUAGAAUUGCUUACGUUUAUUAUCUUUUCUACUUAGGCUGUUAUUAUCUGUUUACUACAUUUGAAUAGGUUAAAAUCUUAUUUGUAUAGACCUUAAUUAAUGCAAUGUAAUUUGUUAGUCAGUAUCUGCUUCUCUAUUUACAUUAAUCAUAAGCGAAUAUAUAUGUAAUUUAUAGUUUAUUGUAUAACUAUUUCCUAUGCUUCAUACAAAUAAUUUACACUUGAAUUCUUAGAUUUCAUUUGUACUUUGGUUUAGGUUAAAAGCUAGAAAGGCUAAUCCUUAGACAAACUUAAUAGUUCAGAGCCUAAUAAACAGACUUAUACUUGAUAA